CGCCGGGACCGCCUCCCCGCGGAAAUCAAGCCCCGAGUCCCCGGGACCCCGCGGCGGGGACUGGGCCCCUUGCCAGAAGCCGGUUUUAGUUUUCGACUGUAGCUGUUGCAGUGUGUUAUGAUGCCGUCUCGCACCAACCUGGCUGCUGGAAUCCCCAGUAGUAAGGUGAAAUACUCGAGGCUCUCCAGCACAGAUGAUGGCUACAUCGACCUUCAGUUUAAGAAAAGCCCUCCCAAGAUCCCAUAUAAGGCCAUUGCACUUGCUACUGUGCUGUUUCUGAUUGGCGCCUUACUCAUCAUCAUAGGUUCCCUCCUGCUGGCGGGCUAUAUCAGCAAAGGGGGGGCAGACCGGGCCGUUCCUGUCCUGAUCAUUGGCAUCUUGGUGUUCCUGCCUGGAUUUUACCACCUGCGCAUUGCCUACUAUGCAUCCAAAGGCUACCGGGGUUACUCCUACGACGACAUUCCAGAUUUUGAUGACUAGCACCCACCUCAGCCCUGAGGAGAAGAGCCACAGAUGGGACUGAGUGUAGCUUUCAGACAUUGUGCAGAAACUUUGGCUAAGGGCUAAGGAAUCCUGCAGUUUGCAGAUGUUUAUUAGCACAAUGGGCAGAUUUUAUGGGUCCACCCUAAAGAUGUUAACUGAGCUUAUAAUUGGCUAAUUAGGACAUGCUCUAAUUUUCAUCUCCUGCUCUUGGCAAAAGCUCCUCACAAGUUUUUCCACAUGAAGAUGUAUCAUGGAAGAGUAGCAGUGUUAAUUAAUUGUAUGGAGAAGCGGGAGAGUGAUCUGUAGUGCAAAGCGUUGCUGCCACCAACCCACUUUAGAUUCUAGCAGUUCUUUUUUAAAAUAGUCUUCAUUGGCAGUUUGUGAUUGUGGCAAAAGGAAGAAUGCUGUAUGUCAAAUUUCUUACUGUUAAUUUUGAAAAUAUCUAAAUAUCUUAUCCUCUACACUCAUUUCUAACUUCAUGUUCUAGUAGAAGACAUUGGCAAAAUCAAAUUUCCGUGAGUGCAUCUGUGUUUUUUUUUUAACUUGUUAUUAGUAGCAACCAGGAAUUUUCAAAACCUCAUAGCAAGUUUCUGAACCAUAAACACUUUCUCUCUUCUCUAAUCUUUGGCCAGCUUUGAUCUGGUCCACCAGUAGGUUGGCCAGCCUAUCAUUUGGGUCACUCUCUCCUUUGUAGAUCAAGGUGUUCUGUAUAUCAUGCCUUUAAGGACUGGACUUUGUCUGUUUCUUCAGGAAAAAUGUAGAUAGGGUUUAUAACCCUGUUGUUAGCACCUUGUAUUAUGAUGAAAUUCUGCUGAAGAUCACAUUUGGCCUGGAUCCCAGAAGGCUAUACUGCUUUAUUUUGGUUCUGUUUCCUAGCUUGCAAAAAUUGACUUACAGUAAAAAAAAAAAAAAAAAUUAAAAUGUCAAAUUAGGGCCUCCCCAAUGGCGCAGCGGUUGAGCGCUGGGUUGCGAAGCUGCCCGCAGCCUCUGCAGCACCGAUUCGAUCCCCUGCUGCUCCCCGGCCACCGGAGGAGGGUCCCACAUGGCGCGCAGACCUCUCCUGCUGCCCGCUGCUCCUCUCAGCAGUGUACUUCGGUCCUUCUGCCUGCUCUGCUCCCCGCUCUGGCUCUGGUGAAUUCUCUCACCCUCCCGUGCUUCUGACUGUACCCAGUGCUUGUAUAGACAAAACAAACAAACAAAUAAAUAAAACAUGCCUCUAUUUAAAAAAAAAAAAAAAGU